UCCUGAUAGUACUAGUGGCAGGUAUAGAAGCUAAUUUGUGACGGAGUGAAGACCAAGCGAUGGGGUCAGCGAUUUCAGCAAGGUUUCAGCUGGCUGGGAGUAGUUCUGCGUUCUUUUUUAAUGUGGUCCAGGAUCCUCAAGGUGGAUUUCUGUAUUUUGUAGGGUAUUAUGCAAUAGGGGCUAAUCCGAUCCAGACUAUUAUCUACAAAUCAGACUUCAACCUAUCUCCACUAAAAGUAAUGACCUACGAUCUUCACUGAGCUUACAUCUCCUUUGCAAUUUCUCAAGAUGGAUCCUUUAUGUAUGUUCUUGAUAGGAGGUCUAACAGGGUUAUUGAAAUCGAGAUUACUAGAGAUCUUGGUGUUACUAGAGAGUUUUCGGUUAAUCCCUCUGGGGCGAUGAAUUCGAUUGUUAACGCAGGGAUCGACACUUAUUUAUACUUUAAUAUUGAGACCAGCUCCACGAUUGAAACAUGAAGGUGGGAUAGAUCAACCUCUGGUCUUACCUGAUUGGGUUUUGGUAUCUUGAGGCAUGUUACUCUUGUGGCUCUAAGCAAUAAUUUGUUAUUUAUGGGAUCCAUCGACACUGCUUUUAAAGACUACUACCUAAUAGCUUAUAAUUUUACAGAUCCCUCAAAUCUUGCAUGGAAAAAGGUUAUUCCAUGCCCAGGUUCAAGUUGCUCGAACACUAUCAGCUCUUCUAUUUUGAGCAGGGAUGAACAAUCAAUAUUCCUAAUGGUCAUCUACAAAAAUCAUUUCUUAUUCUACAAGAUAAAUGCUGCAGAUGGGUCUCCACAGAACCCUGGCUUCUUAUUGGCAGAUAAUAAUGCCUUCAACAGUUAUUCUAUUGAAGAGUUCAAUGAUUUUGUAGCUGUUCAAAUUACUAGCGAUUCACUCGACAAUUAUAAGAAACUUGUUUUGUUCGACAUUGAUAAUGCAAAUGUCUUAAAAGAAUACAACUCAUUCAACUCUCAAUCUUUUGGCAUCGGUCGAAUACUUUAUCAAGGGACUGAAUUCAUGUAUCAUUGUGGAACAAACCAAGCAAACAAUACAUUUUUCUUCGCUAGAACACCCAUCAACAAUAUUAAUCAACUCCCAGAGUUCCAGGAAGAUCCGGUCACAUUCGUUCAAAUUACGACUAUUUUCCAAAUUUCAUCAACAACUUCAGAUCCAAGCUUGACUUCAAAUCCUCGGACAGCUACAAUUUUAAGUUCCUCUGCAAUCUCAACAUUAGACAUCACAACUUCGAUUAACCCAACAUCCCAGAUUUAUGUGGCGCUGUGGAAUGCCGACCACGUGGAGUCCUUUCAGAGCAACACUCUGGCCAAAGUCAACUUCAACUGGCCAUGAGCCCAGAUUGAUAACUACACAGUUAUUUCGUUCAUCAUUGUGCAGACUGGAGCUAAUGUGACCCCUGACUGGGUGCAGCUCAAUGCUGGCAGCAAUGAGCUCUACUUGAACAAAACUCCAAAACUUAAUAUCACAGAAACAUUUUACUUUACAUUACAAAUUUCUUUUAACAGUGAAGUACAUCUUAAGAAGUUCGAAAUCACUGUGGAGCUCUGAACCAUCCCUGGCUGUGAGAUCUGACAGUUAGGUAACACUAGUCAAUGACAGGUUUGGAUUAACAAAGACUCUGAUGGCCAAGAAUCUAUUUAUCAGACAUCAUCAGAAAUCCAAAGAGCCAAGGAUACUGCCUCUGCUUUGAUGAUAGCGAGCAUAGUAAUGGCAGCUGCAUCGUCUGCUCUGUCAUUUUCUUCGAUCAGUUCUAUAAUGAGCAUUAUAAAUACCAUGCAACUAGUCAUAUUGCUACCGAUGAUUCCGGAUUACUUCUCAGAAAAAGUGCAAGACUUAUUGAACGGAAUGGAGUUCACGAUGCUGUCUUUUGACUUUAUUAGAGCCCGAGAUAUACCAUUUGUUAAUGCGAUAAAAAAAUGGGUCUCAUAUUCACAAUCAAAUGAGUAUCUUAAUAGCCUUGGGUUGAGAUCGGGAAGCUCUGUUGUCAACUAUCUAUCACUCAUGGCGACAAUAAUCUUGGUUGGCCUAGCACAUAUCUGAAUAUUUUUAUGAAGAAAAUGAGUAGAUGAUCAUAAGCAUAAACGUUGAGGCAAGCUUUUGGAUACAUUAUUUCAAUUCUUUACGUUUAACAUAUACAUCAGAAUAUUUAUUCAAGCUUUCUUGUUCACGAAUCUGUCAAUAUUUUCUGAGUUAUACGCUGUCAACCUGAAAACAACUGUAACCAAGGUGUCCUUUGGACUCUGAAUCAUGUUUGCCCUGUGAACGAGUGUGUUGUUCAUUCUAUCAUUCAUUGUGUAUGCCAGUUCUUUUCCUCAGAUCAAUUAUGAAAAGUAUCAGAUUUGAAUAGAAUACUUCAAUGGAGUCAAACUGGGAAAAUUCUCUAAGUUAUAUUCAAGCAUAUUUAUGCUCUUGAGAUUGGUUUUAUGUAGUAUAAUUAUUUUUGGAAGAUCUAGAGAGUCUUUUCAAAGAGCCAUAUCCUUUUCUUUGGUUAAUAUUUUAUAUGGAUCAUAUCUUCUGAUUGUAAGACCAUUUGAGAAGUCUCAAGAUAAUAUGAUUGAAAUGGUGAAUCAGAUUUUAUUUUGCUCUUUGACAGUACCCUUAUCGUGGCUCAACACAAAAUCUGACUGGAGCUCUUUCUAUGAAAGCUAUUACAUCUCCAUUGUGAUGACAGCAUCAGUAAUUUGAAGCAUUAUUAGCUUUGUCUUCUUAAUAAAGGAGAUAAUCUCAUUUAUUAAGAAUAGGAAGAAGACCAAACCCCCUAAAAAUAUCAAACCAAAGAAGACCAUUGCAACGAAGAAGAGAGCAAAAUAGAAAGACCAGACCAUGAAAACUCUCUACAAAAAUCCACCUCAAACAUCUCCAAAAGCAUCGCAGAGCUUGCUCCCCCACCCCCUCACACUCUAAAACACUUCAAACCCAAUCCCACCCACCCUUCCACCCUCUGGUUCAAAAAAUAGCCCAAAUCCCCUAAAAUCCUUCUGUCUAAUCAAUCUCU